CUUAUUGCAACCAACCAACAUAUCUAUCAAACAACCAAUAAUAAGCCAUCAAGAGUAGUCUCCGAUCAUUAUAGAUGAAUAGUAUAGAGGGGAUAUAUUCUCCAACAGCUUAUGUCUCAAUGAAUUCGUAGUAUAAACUUCAAGUUUACAUUUCCAAGCCUAACUAACUUGCCUAGGUCAACGCCCAAGUACACGGAAAGCCACUAGAUCAAUUAGGCGAAAAUGGCGCCCAGUAAUCAAGCGGCGUUCCUUACAGGCCCUAAAGUGCCCCUUGAGGUCAGGGAAGCGCCUUAUACCCCGCCCGGGCCUAAUGAGUUAGUUGUCAAGAGUCGCGCGGUCGCGGUCAACGUUGUUGACCCGUAUAAACAAAUUCUCGGCGAUGCGCUCCUCCCUUACAUCAAAUGGCCCUGCAUCCAAGGCGAAGAUUUGGCCGGCGAUGUUAUUGAGGUCGGCAGCGCCGUGACCCGCUUCAAAGCGGGUGAUCGCGUUACUUCCUACGCUGUGGGGACUAUGCCCUUUGCAAAUCGCCAGGCCGAAGGCGCCUUUCAAAAUUACACCGUCGUGCGCGAACACAUGACGACCUCGUUCCCCUCAUCGGUCUCAUACGAGCGUGUCUCGGUUCUGCCACUAUGCUUAGCAACUGCUGCGUACGGCCUUUUCCACCACGGUUUUCUAGGGUUAGAUCUACCAACAUCCCCCGCAGCCAGUCCUAAAGGCGAGGCAAUAGUGAUUACGUCAGGUUCAUCGAGCGUGGGGGCCAGUGCCAUUCAAUUGGCAGUCGCGGCCGGAUACGAAGUGUAUUCUACUGCAUCGCCAAGGAACUUCGAACUUGUGCGCCGAAUUGGUGCCAGCGGGGUAUUUGAUUACCAUGAGGACAACUGCGCAGACGCUAUAAUUAAUGCGCUGAAAGGCAAGAAGAUAGUGGGGGCGCUAGCUAUCAACGCUGGUGGCGUCGCUAUUAGCGCUAAAGUUCUCAGGGGUACCGACGGAGUUAAGUACAUUGCCGAUGCUGGACCUCCGCCUCCCGAGGGCUACCCCGAGGAUAUCAAGUCAAGAUUUAUUGAUUUGCUUGACCUUGGUGAGCCCGAUAGUGUUGUCGGUAAAGUCUUCCGCGACUUUUUACCUAAGGCUCUUGAGUCCGGCCAACUUGUUCCUGAGCCAGAGCCAUGGAUUGUGGGUGAAGGGCUCAACAGUCUUCAAGAAGCUUAUGAUAUUCGCCUAAAAGGUGUAUCGGCCAAGAAGGUCGUGGUCGUUCUAUAAACUGCCGUUCAAAAAAGGUCGUGUAGUUUAAAUUGGACCUAUCAACUAGGUACCACGGGCUCUUCCACGAUGUCUGCUAGUGGGGGUUUACCAAUGAUCUACAUCACUAAG